AGGAGGAGCAAGAAACCUACAUAGCAAGACAACCAGGGCAGAAGCAUUCGAAACCAUCCCCUCAGAGCUGCUGCUUUGUUCAGAAAAGCUCCAGAGACAAGAUGAUUGCCAAAGUGAUCCUUUUCUUCUGCUGCUGGGUAGCUGUCAGCCUUGGAAAUCAGUCAAAGGUCACACCCAAGGAGGAUAAACCGUCUCUACUAGUCGAGGAGUUAAAUGAAGCCAAAUUGAAGUGCUGCUUUCAUGAGAAGAAUGUGAAGCCCACCUGGAUUAGCAAUGUUGCUGCAACAAAUGCCACCAACCCAGAACGCCAUGUAAAAUUAACCAAAGAAAUCAAGGCAGGGCUAGGAAAUGACGGCUGCUACACACUGAUAUUCUCCAAAGUCAAAGUGACGGAUACAGGCUUUUACCAGUGCUUUGUCAAUGACUCCAGCAUAUAUACCCAUGGCACCUUCCUGCAGGUUUACAGGCCUCUAAGGAAGUUCCUGAACCUCAGUGAAAGCGCUAAGAACAAGAUACUCAUGGGUGAGGGUAUUUUGCUGCUGUUCUGGGUGAUCUUGCCGGGAGUUAUGAUGAUCAAGAAGACGAAGAGGCACCACCAGCUGGAGAAGAUAAAGUACAAAAAGGAAGAAGAGAACAUUUAUGAGGGCUUGAAUAUCGACGAGUGCAGCUCCGCUUACCACCAGAUUCAGCGAUCUCAGGUGCAAGGACCCUACCAGGAUGUGGAUAACAUUAAGGGAGAAGAGAUUCAGCUGGAAAAGCCCUAAUUGAGAGCGGCUUCAGGGGCCUACAUAAUGACAGGGAGAUAAAAGUACGCGGAAGGCUAACUGCUGCCGAGCAAACGAACAUUCAAAAGAAAUUGGAGCAAGCGUGCCACUUAUUACGCUGUUCAGCAACGACACUGUUUUAAGUAUAGAUUUUCUAACGUGUCUUUUUUCUACUAAAUGUAUAUUGCUCGUGACCUUGACCAGAAUAAGCGGUUGAAAACGGUCAUAUUAAACAUUAGCAUAAGCGAUUCUAGACUCUGUUCAGAGAGAUUUAACGCCCUAUUCUUUUUUUUAAUUCACUUACCCCACCCCCCGUCGACUGAGGCCUUCUAAAUGAGUGAAAUAGCCCGUGUACAUUCAUUUAUCUUUGUAACUUGCUUUCGCAGUUGUUUUGAUUCAUGACUAUUAAAAAAAACAUUGAGCCGA